CAUGCGCGUUAGGCAUAGUUUCCGCGCCUGCCCAUUUGUUGUCUUUCGUUACGCAUGCGUAGUAUUAUCCCGAACCGAGGUUUGUGAGGAGUCUGUGUUCCGUUGGGUUUUCUCCAUGUCUGACUGUGACUCCGAAGAUUAUUCUUCAUCUGCGGAUGAGGAUUACGUGCCCUCCGGAGGGGAAUACAGUGAAGAUGAUGUCAAUGAACUGGUGAAAGAGAGCGAUGAAGAAGAGGAAGGAUCGAAAAAGUUACCCAAAGACGAAACCAAGAAGAAAAAGGGCAAGAGUAUCUCAGCAAGGAAACGGAAGAAAGGAGUUCUUGUCUUGAACUCAGAGGAGAAACUUGAAGCAGACAAAGGAGGUGCACACAGUUCUGAGGAAGAACAGACUGAUGGGUUCUCAGAAGUGAAGACAAUUAAAGACGAGGAGGCAAAAAAGAAGAAGGAAGAUGAUCUCUGGUCAAGUUUCCUUUCUGAUGUUGGUGAAAAACCCAAGAUCCAAUCUCCUACAACUGCCCCCACUUCAAUUCAGACCUCAACAGAAAAACCGAAGGAAUCCAACAAGUCUGCGGCUCACGAUGCGGAAACGAGCAAACAGAAAGAAGACACAAAAGUGACGAUCACCAAAGUGUUUGAUUUUGCAGGAGAAGAAGUAAAGGUUACAAAAGAAGUGGACGUCUCAUCUAAGGAAGCCAAAGAAUUCUUGAAGCAGCAGGAGAACGUUGUCCAGCAGGCACCAAAUCCAAUGCCCUCCAGAGUCACUGCACUGACGGGCUCGGGGGUGAAGAGGCCGGGUGGUAUGAGCAGCAUUCUGGGAAAACUAGGGUCCAAGAAACAGAAGAUGAGCACGCUGGAGAAAUCCAAGCUGGACUGGGACACGUUCAAAGAGCAGGAGGGCAUAUCCGAGGAGCUGGCCAUCCACAACAGAGGCAAAAACGGGUACAUCGAGAGGAAAGCUUUCCUGGAAAGAGUAGAUUAUCGACUGUUUGAACAGGAACGUGACAUCAGACUUAAAAACAUGAAGCCAUAGCUUCUUCAGUUAGUCCUUUGACCACUCUUCAGUUGGGAAACGAGCUCACAACGUGCUAGUGACGGGAAUAUAAUAUAUAAAUAGAUGUGUUAUGUGGUGGCCCAAGGCAAACUGCUAGCUGUCGGUACUGACCUUCAGUGUCUGGUGAACAGCAGUGGGACAGGAGAGCCACAGGUGGCAGCAUGGAGGAGCUGUUGAACAGACGCCUGCCCGCACACCAGUGUUUGCAAUCGAUAUGUACUGGUGGACUGGUUAAUA